CCAGUGUACCGCGGCUACCACAGACCACAGUCCAAUAGUCCAAAAAUGUAACUGGUUGUUGCCGGACGAGCGAACAUUAGGUUGAUGGUACCAAAGUCCACUGGGUUCAAUGCGAUAGUAACCAGGCCCUCUUAUAUGCGUUAGCAAAGGCCGUCCAGUGUCGAAUACUCCCGGUUCAUUUGCAUAUAUAUUUCCAGAAGACACCAAUUUCCAUAGAAUAUCAUGGCACUCCUCAGGAUUGGGGCCAGACCAAUGUCGUGCCUCACGGGUCUUUUACGCUAUUCGAGACCUGGGAACGAGCAAAGUCGAGCUUUACACAUGACAAAUGUCCUGGCCAAAGAAGGACCCCAAGCAAAGUAUUUUCCAGCCAUAUCAGAACCCAUGUUACCAAAGGACACUUUUAAAGGAAAAACAGUUUUCAUUACUGGUGGUGGGACAGGACUUGGUAAAGGAAUGGCACUAAUUCUAAGUUCUCUUGGAGCCAAUGUUGCCAUUUGUGCAAGGCGAUUGUCCAUUUUGGAGUCCACUGCUAAUGAGAUUUCAAGUCAGACAGGGAACCCCGUCUUACCUGUUCAAAUGGAUAUUCGUGAUCCUGCGGCUGUGGCAUCUGCUUUUGAUGCUUGUGAAUCGAAAUUUGGGUUGCCAUCUGUUGUAAUAAACAAUGCCGCCGGAAAUUUCAUUUCACCUUCUGAAAGGUUAAGUCCUAAUGCCUGGAGGACUAUUACUGACAUUGUUUUGAAUGGAACAGCAUACGUAACCUUGGAGGCAGGGAAAAGAUUGAUUAAAGCUGGUCAAGGUGGCACAUUCCUCUCAAUCACUACACCUUAUACACGUAGUGGGACUGGUUUUCUCUCUCCAAGUGCCUCUGCAAAAGCUGGUGUUGAAACUUUAAUGAGGUCGCUUUCGUCUGAAUGGGGUCGAUAUGGGUUGCGUUUUAAUUGCAUUGCACCUGGUCCAAUUGAAACGGAAGGGGCCUUUUCUCGAUUGGACCCAACUGGAAAAUUUGUUGAUGAAGCCCAUAAGCGCAUACCAGCUGGUCGAAUAGGAGAAGUUGGGGAACUUGCAAAUUUAGCUGCGUAUUUGGUCUCGGAUUAUUCGUCAUGGAUUUCAGGGGAGACUAUUGCCCUUGAUGGUGGUGAGUAUCGAUACAUGGCAGGAGAGUUCAAUAUACUUGAUAGGGUGCAACCAGAUCAAUGGGACUUAUUAGAAAAAUUGAUUCGAGCCAGUAACAAGAAAAGCAAGGGAAGUGCUUGAUGGGUAGGUUCAGUGUAUGUACAAGAAAUUACAUUUUACUGCAAGUGUUUUUAUAAAUGUUUGUGAGGUAGUAAUAUUUUAGAAAGUGCAGUAUUUUAUGCAAGAUUAUAUGGUGCAAAUAUAUUUUGUAUACUGUGUUAAGGAUUUCAUAAAUCAUGAAAAAAA